AACGACUUGGGUGGCAGGCUGCAUUUCCCCUUAAACAUGAGCGUUCGAUGCGGUACAAGUGGCAUCGCAUCGCUCUUCUGUUUGGGUCUUUGCGCAGCGUUCGCGUCAGGCUCCAGCACCCUCGUGGCACGCAAUCUCGUGUAUCAUGUUGAUCCUGGCCAAGACGUGGUCAUUACGUUGAAAGGGUACAGCAUGGCUGGUCGUGCGCUCACUGUGUCCAUUGCGACGUUGCCGUCGGCAGGCUUUAUAUACCAGUUGUCUCAAGUGUACAGUGAUUACGGCUACGACCCAAAGAAGACCCCCACGGCCAUCACAACGGUCCCGACCCUCGUGACAGGCUCCAACUACCGGGUUGUGUUUUCGAGACCGUUUUCCAACUCGCCCCUCGAUUCCAAGUUUGCCGAGUUCACGUACACUGUCAACGAUGGUGUGACAACGUCGGCCCCAGGGACAAUAACUAUCUCACAAGGCCCUGCCGUGAUGUCGAGUCAGUUCUACGUCGAUGCUGAAGGAUGGGGCAUUCGCAACAACAACAACUUUCAGCCAGUGUACGACCCCACGAGUUGUGGCAUCAUGAGCUACUACAUCUACGGCACAGAGGCGGUGAUUCAAACCCAACCCACGUCCACCGAUGAUGCGCAGCUGUGGUACUUCACCGCUCCCUCCAAAUUCCUCGGCAAUCAGUGGGCCACGUACGGCGGCACUUUGACGUUUACGCUGUCGGCGUCCGAAGGUGAUUUCUCGUCUUCGUCGAACCUCAACACUCCCGCGACGACGCCCCUGGUGAUCCUCGAGUGUGCCACGUGUAACCUCAACGCCGGCGUGCGGUUGGCGUGGCCUCAGACGCUGUCGCCUGCGUUUACCGGCCCCGCGCAAACGUUCAGCAUCCCCCUCUCCGAGACAGCGGGGUGGGUCACCGAUCCAAAGAACACGCUGCUGCCGUGGACGCCGCCGUCGCAAUGCGUGCUCAUGGAGGUGCUAUCGAAACUCAGCGGGGUAUCGAUCCUCGGGGACUUUACGCGCCGGAGUGAAACGGUGGCGUUGGACGCCGUCGUACUGUCCCACGGCCCAGGCCAGCCCCUCGCGUGCUAUGGAGCCUUUUGAUAAGACUACACACAGGACUUACAACAUUGACAUCAAUUUUACUCUCAGCUCAACAUACAACGCUUAGAACAUGAAGAUUGCAACCAUUCAAGUGAUGUAAAGUGGUUUCGAGUAAGCUUGCUGUACAUGGCAUACAAGUACAGUACCUAAUGAACAAACUCCAAG